CCCACACUAGCUCUCACCGGCUCAGUGCAGUCACACACACAGCAGGAGGAGGAGACUGGGGGGAAAGCACUGAUCCUCUGCUCGGUUCAUGCCUCAGAUCUGGACUGGACGAGGAGGAUGGAGAAGUUAGGCAGCUUGCUUCUCAGGUGUGUGGUUUGGUUUGGACUGGCCUCUGCUUUGGAUUUCCAGCACCAUGGCUAUGAGGACAUGGUGAGAGCCAUGCUGAACGUGCAGAAUGAGUGCCCCUUCAUCACCAGGGUAUACAGCAUUGGGCGCAGCGUGGAAGGCAGGCACCUCUAUGUGCUGGAGUUCAGUGACAACCCAGGGAUACAUGAGCUCUUGGAGCCGGAGUUCAAGUAUGUGGGGAACAUGCAUGGAAAUGAGGUCCUUGGCAGGGAGCUGCUGAUUCAGUUCUCCCAGUUCCUGUGUGAGGAAUACCGGGCUGGAAGUCCACGGAUAACACGGCUGAUCCACGACACUCGGAUACACAUCCUGCCCUCCAUGAACCCUGAUGGAUACGAGGUGGCUGGUAACCAGGGCCCAGACGCUAAUGGCUACCUCACAGGCAGGGCCAAUUCCAGAGAUGUGGAUUUAAACAGGAAUUUUCCAGAUCUGAACACAAUGAUGUAUUACUUUGAGAAAAAUGAUGGACCGAAUCAUCACCUCCCCUUACCAGAUAACUGGGAACAGCAGGUAGAAUCGGAAACACUCGCAGUGAUCAGAUGGAUGAAAAAUUACAAUUUUGUUCUCUCGGCUAAUCUGCACGGUGGAGCAGUUGUGGCAAAUUAUCCUUUCGAUAAGUCUCGGGAGGCGAGGGUCAGGGGUUACCGUAAAACAAGUUACUCCGCUACAGCAGACGACAAGAUCUUUAAAAAGCUGGCAAGGACCUACUCGUAUGCCCAUGGCUGGAUGCACCAAGGCUGGAAUUGCGGAGACUAUUUUGACGAGGGGAUCACAAAUGGAGCCAGCUGGUACUCUCUCUCCAAAGGCAUGCAGGAUUUUAACUAUCUCCACACCAACUGUUUCGAGAUCACCCUGGAGCUGAGCUGUAACAAGUUCCCAGCAGCACAGGAGCUGCAGCGAGAGUGGCUGGGGAAUCGGGAGGCGCUUGUGUCUUACCUGGAACAGGUUCACCUUGGCAUUAAAGGAAUGGUUUACGAUGAAAAUAACAACGGCAUUAAAAAAGCAGUGAUUUCCAUAUACGGGAUCAACCACGACAUCACCACAGGCGUCGAUGGGGAUUAUUUCCGGUUGUUAUUACCUGGAACUUACACAGUAACUGCAUCAGCUGAGGGAUACCAGCCCAGCACCAGCACAGUGACAGUGGGGCCUGCAGAAGCCAUACAGUUACAUUUCUAUUUGAAAGCUGCUUCCCAGGAAACCACCAGUGAAACACAGAGUGCUGGGAACAACAAGAAAGUCCCUCCACAUAAAAUGGCGCCCAGAUGAGAGACUCACUGAUACAUUCUGCAGAGCAAACAUUCUCAGCCUUAACUGCAGAAAGGAAUCAAAUACGGACAGCCUUCUGCUUUAGAAAGAUUUAUAUACUUCCACUUUGUUUAACCACAGAAUAUUGUAUUGGAGUAUUUGAUUUUUUUAUCGAGUGUUUUGUUACACGUAUCCUAUUUGAACAAUAUCAUAGAAAAUUUAAAAAGCAAGAAUUCAAGCAGGAGCUUAUGUGCAAAUAAUUCAGUGCAUCUAUGAAAGACUGUUCAGUUUUCUUUAUGUGUUUGAUGUACUGUAGAAGCAGAGAUUCAAGGACACAGCAGCUUUUUUUUUUUAACAUCACACCUGUUCUGUCCAGGUGUAGGCCAAAUAGGGGAGCCACAUGUUUUUUUUAGAAAUUGUCCCCCUCUGUAAAGGUUCAAAUGAUGUCUAGAUGUGAAAAAAAGCUAAAUGAGAAAUGCAGCUACAUCAAUAUGCUCAUGUAUAGGAAAAUGCUUUUUUUUUAACUAGUGGCUUAUUAAGAUUAAACAUAUCUGUACAUA